AUGCGUCUGAGCUGCGCAAAGGAAAAACGCUGCUUCCUAGAGGAAGCCCGAGGGUCUCUCGGAGCCCGCGGGAGGCAUCCCGCAGCAGCGGAGCGCGGCGUGGUUCAAAGCAGCCGGCCCGCACGCAGCCCGGCUCCCCCAGGCGCGCCCCGCUCCGGCCAGCCGGCCGGCUCCGCUUUAGCGCCGCUGAAAGCAGCCACGGCUUGGGGCUCCCUAACACGGGUAGAAAGUGCCGAGCUGUUGGGCCGGAGCUGCUGGGGUAUUCUGGAAAUAACUGCGGUUGAUGUGGGAAUUGUUGCCAUCAAGGGCUUGUUCUCGGGCAGAUACCUGGCCAUGAACAAACGCGGCAGACUUUAUGCAUCAGAAAAUUAUAAUGCAGAGUGCGAGUUUGUGGAGAGGAUCCAUGAGUUGGGCUAUAACACUUACGCAUCCCGUCUGUACCAGACUGUGCCCAACGGAGGCAACACCAAGCGCAAAGCCAGCGCUGAGAGACUCUGGUACGUCUCAGUCAACGGGAAAGGACGACCCAGGCGAGGCUUUAAAACUCGCAGGACACAGAAGUCAUCUCUCUUUCUACCCAGAGUUUUGGAUAACAAGGACCAUGAGAUGGUCCGACUUUUCCACACAAACACAAAAUACCGAGAGAGUCUCCUGAAGCCUCCGAGUAAGAACCAGAGAAGAAGGAGAGGGCACUAGGG